UAUCUAUCUUUGUUCAUCUUUCUAUGGUUUAACAAAAUUAUAUAUUUCAAAACAUUACACUUACAGUUGAAGAUAUUACAUUUAUUCAUUGUAAGAGUUAAAUUAUACCAUUAAAAUUAAGUUUGUAGCCCAUGGAUGUAGAUUAAUAAGUAGAACAGUUAAAAAAUAGUGACAGGUGGUUUGACAUUUAUACGCCGCCAUCGUUAAUAGCGACAGUGAUCUGCCAUAUUGCGCGUGAUAUAAAGAAUUGUAAUACAUUUACGGUAUUAUAGUUGUUACUUGUGCAUCCAGUACAAGAAUUUAUUGUUUAUGUAGUAGUAAUAUUUUAACACAAUUCUUAUAAUUCAGUUUGUGGGAAACAUUCUACGGUAGUGAAUUCCAAAACGAACUGAUACCACUGUACCUUUUUAUUUAGGAAUUUAUAACUUAUUCAACAUUUUCAAGCAAUAAUACAAAAUGUCAACCGGACCAUAUAAUUACUCUUAUAUCUUCAAAUACAUUAUUAUAGGAGAUAUGGGAGUAGGAAAGUCAUGUUUACUGCAUCAGUUUACAGAAAAAAAAUUUAUGGCAGAUUGUCCACAUACUAUUGGUGUUGAAUUUGGGACAAGAAUUAUUGAAGUUGCUGGACAAAAAAUAAAAUUACAGAUAUGGGACACUGCUGGUCAGGAACGUUUUAGAGCAGUUACUAGAUCUUAUUAUCGGGGUGCAGCUGGAGCAUUAAUGGUCUAUGACAUAACUCGUCGUUCAACUUAUAAUCAUCUUAGCAGCUGGCUUACAGAUACAAGGAAUUUAACAAAUCCAAGCACUGUUAUAUUUUUAAUCGGAAAUAAAAGUGAUUUGGAAGGUCAACGAGAUGUUACUUAUGAAGAAGCAAAACAAUUUGCUGAUGAAAAUGGUCUUAUGUUCGUAGAAGCUAGUGCGAAAACAGGACACAAUGUUGAAGAAGCCUUUUUGGAAACAGCAAAAAAAAUAUUUCAGAGUAUACAAGAUGGCCGUUUGGAUCUAAAUGCUGCCGAAUCUGGAGUUCAACAUAAUCCAAGUCAACCAGGUCGUACUAAUCUUCAAGGUGUAUCUAAUGAACAACAGGGUGGAAAGGAUUCCUGCUCCUGUUAGGUCUAUAUUUGUUUGUAUAUAGAAAUAUGAAUUCAUCGGUACUAUUGAUGCAUAUAUGAUUUAUACUAAGUAUAGCAAGCAAAUAGUCUCCUGUCUUUAUCCCUUUACCUUUGAUAUGUCAGAUCUAUUCUAUGAAAGAUGUCAGUUUUUUCUAGUUAGACUUAAUUUAAAGGAAUAAAAUAUAAAUACAUGAUUUAGUCUGCAUAUGCAUAUAAAUUGUACUGAUAACAAUGAUUCUGUAUUAGCAUUGAAAUUGAUAUUUCAGCGUUAAAGCUUUUCUAUGGUUAUUGUAAUUCGUAUAUAUUUUCCAUAGGUCGUAUAUUUUAUUGCGUAAAAUAAUUAAAUAUUAGACAAUAUGUUGUACUCACUAAUCUUAUAGUACAUGUAUACAACGUACAUUGUACGAAAAACAUUUACUUAAUCACAAGAAAAUAUGAUAACUAUGAAUGUGACACAGCCAAAUAAGAUAAAUAUUUACCACUGUAAAUUGAAUUUGUGUAACAAGAUUGACCACGUUUAAUCGCGUUGUUUAAUUUGCAGUUUGAAAGCUAUUGUACUAUAAGCUUAAGUGCAAAAGAUUGUUGGUAACACAUUGAAUUUCUCAACAGCAAAAAGAGUUGUCAUAAAAUGGCAUAAUGAAAUAGAAUUAAUGUCAACUCUAAUUUUCCAUAACUACAA